UAUUAAAAAUGAUGAGUUGUAUUACCUCAAAAAUUAAAAACAGCUAUUACAAGGCAAAAUGUUUGAGUUAUUUCAACGAAUUUUUAAUUUUAAGUGUACAGUACUUAACCACUUUAAUGAUUUUGAUAUAUUGUACUCAAAUAAUUUGAUAGUAAUCACUUAAUCCGCGUGACGUCACGCACGUGCGUACGUGCCUCUUCGCCAAAGUGGAAAUGUCCGCCAUUACUGCUGCUACAUCCCUGCAGUGCACAGGUAAGAAGUUUGCUUAAACGUUUUUUGCAUGUGAGUUCUUUAGAUAUAUUUAGAGCCUAAAGCGAAAGAAAGAGAGAUUGGUAAACUUGCUGUGGGACUGCUUGUGACGAUAUUUUAAGCGAAACGUGCUGUGGCAUGCAGCAAGUUUCUCGACCUGACCAGCUAAUUGUUGCUAACUUUAACUGUUACCAUGCUGGCUGCAAUGAAAGCGGUCAUAUGGUUUUCCGUGGUUGCCUUAAUAUUUUAUUCGUUAGUUUAGUUACGUGUUUUGUCGGGUUUAAUUAACGUAACUAAUAUUUGGCGUGUCUUAGAGUUACUUCAUGCAUUUGAAAAAACUGUUAACCAUAUCUGCCUAAUUAAAGAGUGAAAGGCAAUUAAAACGUUGAAAACACUGAAAGUUAACGUUAAUUAUUAGAGUACACAACAAUAAUAGUUAUUCUAAUGUUUCCCGUUGAGGCGGACCGUUUGUGAUGCAUUAAUUUAUUUGUGCAGGCUUUUUAAGUUUUCUGGUUCUUUUCUCAACCAGAAAUUGGCGGCAUGCGACCCCAUUUUAAUCGGGCAAGUUUUGGCAAGUUUCAGUAAAGGCAAUGGUUUGCAUUCAGUUUUUGCCCCGAUGUAAUGCUGGAACGUUUUACUACACGUCAUGUAUUUUAGUAAGGAGAGAUCAUUAAAAAAAAUUAGUCUUGUGAUUUGUGUGUGAAAUAACACUCUCAUGGUCAAGGUCAGGGCACAGUGUCCAGGGUUUGUGCAGUAACCUGACCUCCAAAGAUUAGCAGUGUUGACGAAAACAUAAUAAGUAAAAAGAAAAACACCCAACAUCCUUAUUUGCCUGCUAAACUUAAGAGCCAGUAUAGACUUUUGUUUGUUAUAUUUAUUUGGUGAUAAAAGGACCGUUCUAACCAUUUGUAUUUUUUUUCCUAUGAAUGUAUGAGGAUUUUUACUUAGCCAAAGUUUAAAUAUAUUAAGUAGCCUGUUACAUUUUUUGCUAAAUUACACCCAGAAAAGCCUUUAGACGAUCAAGGCAUCAGCAAGACAUAACAUUACAUUAGUAACCUGCUGAAUGUAUUUAUUCUAUGUUGCCCUCACCUUUUAGGAUUUUGACAUGGAAGACAACUUAUUGUGCAAAGAAAGAGAAAAUAAAUAGCUUAAUUUUUUGAGACCAAAAAGAACAAAGUGUUUUUCGGGUGUCCUUGGGUUUUGUAUAUUAAAGUCUGAAACACCAUAUUUCAUGUAAUUUCUGUAAUGUAAGGUAACUGACAAUUAUUCAAUGCUUCUCUAUUACUUUGCUCUGGUUUUGUAAAAAGAUUGCAGCCUAUCUCACUUUUCAAUCUCUUCUCUCUUCAGGUUGAAAUUGAAGCAACAAAAGACUGGCUGAGAUACAGAUACCAGAUUCUUCAAUCUGGUAUGUUUAUAAUGCUCUGCUCGUACCAGUUCUCACUCUAAAUAUUAGAGUUGUAAAUAGAAUUUUGGUUUCCAAUGGCUUGGAGGUGCAAACUCUGUGCUACUCUCUUUGAUAGAAAGGCACAGUUGCUUGAACAUUAUCGUUUACAUCAUAGCAAUGUCUCCUCAGUCAAUCAAUUGCCUUGUCUCUAUGACAACUGUGUCUGCACAUUUCAUUCAGUAAAUGCAUUGAAAAUUCACCUAACCCGGUUACAUACUCAGACGCUUGUGCAAAGUGACAAUCAAGAAGGAUAUGUGUCAUUUGUCUGUGCUGUGUGUAAAUUUAAAGAACCUUUUAAUGACAAAACUCUUCUCAGUCAUUUAAGGAUGCAUUUAAAACAACACGAGAUGGUGGAUUGUCCAUUCAAAAAUUGUCAGUACCGCACUAAUGUGUAUUCCUCCUUUAAUGCCCACAAAAGUAGGAAUCAUCUAGGCUGUGAAUUCUCAGAUUUUAAGACAGAAAUUGUCUUGACAGAAACUGACGGCCAACCCAUUCAGAACCAAGUUGAAUCUGAUGAGGCUGGUCCGUCUCAGAAUUUUCUUGAGCUGGAAGCUCCAGAGUGUAAUCCUCCCGACUCUGGAUAUGACGCUGGUGAAUUGCAAACUCAACUGAGAAAAAAUUUGGCUUCUUUGUUCUUGAAAAUGCACAGUGUUCUGCAUGUGUCAGAGACAGCGAUACAAGACAUAGUGGAAAAUCUGGCACAAAUAUUCACGUUGUCCAAACCCCUUGUGAGAGACUCUGUCAUCAAGGUUUUAGGAGAGCAUGAUCAGUCUAUCAAUGAGGCCCUUCUUGAGGAAUUGGUGGAAGCUGUCAUGAAAAGUAAUGUUUUUGUCAGUGCUACUGCUGAAGGUGCAGAGCUGUCCAGUGCUAAACGGAGGAAAACAUUUGUAAGAAGUCACUACCCUCUGGUAAUGCCAGUGCAAUAUGCUGUGGAUUCCCUUGGACACACAGCAGUGUAUGUUCCAAUACUACAGAUGCUUCAAACAAUGUUUAAAAAUACAGAUCUUCUUGACAAGAUUCAAGAAACUAAACCAUCACCACCUGGAAUGUACAUGUCUCAUGAAGAUGGAAUGUAUUUCAAAGAAAAUCAAUUGUUGUCAGCGGCAGAAGACCUUAAGUUGUCUCUGAUUUUAUAUGUUGAUGACAUUGAACUAGCUAAUCCUUUAGGCACAGCUAGAAAGAUCCACAAGCUUUGUGCGGUGUACUGGUUGCUAGCCAAUGUGCCCAGUAUAUAUAGGUCCAGCCUUCAUAUCAUACAACUAGCUCUGUUGUGCAAAGUACCUGAUCUGCAGAGUUGUGGUUAUGAAAGUGUUCUUUCACCUUUGCUGAAAGACUUGCAUACUCUUGAGCAGGAUGGCAUUUUUAUCGAACCUGUCGGCCAAUGCGUAAAGGGCACUGUCAUGUGUGUUGCUGCUGAUAAUUUGGCUGCCCAUGGUCUGGCAGGCUUUGUGCAGUGUUUCAGAGGACACUAUGUCUGCAGAUUUUGUUGCUGUACUACAGACCAAAUACAGUCCACUGAAGUUUCUGAAGGAGAGUUUAGCAUGAGAACAAGGGCCUCCCAUGACGUACAUGUGCAGAAUGUUGUGCAAGGAGAAAAUGCAUCUCAUUUUGGUGUAAAGGCUGAGUACACUCUCAGUAAGACACUACAGCAUUUUCAUCCUAUUUCUGGUUUCCCACCUGAUAUACUUCACGACCUUUUUGAAGGUAUUGUGCCAGUUGAGUUGGCCUUGUGCAUUCGUGAAAUGAUUCGUCUUAAGUAUUUCACUCUUGAAUAUCUUAACACAAAAAUACGUUCAUUUCCAUAUCAGCACUCUGAUAGGCUUGAUAAACCACAACCAAUCCCAAAGAAUUUUGCGGCCAAACUAAGCAUUGGUGGAAAUGGACAUGAAAAUUCCACUUUGCUGAGGUUAUUGCCCCUUAUGGUGGGAAGUAAAGUUCCUGAAGGAGAUGAAACCUGGGCUAUUUUGAUGGACCUGAAAGAAAUCAUGCAGCUAGUACUCUCCCCAUCUUUCACAGAAGAUUCCAUCCAGUACAUGCAGACUAAGAUAAGUGAUCACAGACAGGGUCUUCAAGCAGUGUUUCCAGAUUUUAAGCUCCGACCCAAACAUCAUUACCUUGAGCACUACCCAGAACUAACAAGAUGUUUUGGGCCUCUGGUUCACUUAUGGACCAUGAGGUUUGAGGGAAAACAUCGCUUUUUCAAAAGGGUGAUACAUGACACACAGAAUUUCAAGAAUGUCUUGAAAACUCUUGCAACCAGGCAUCAGCACAUGAUGGCGUAUCACCUCAGUGCACCAUUGUUUUUCAGACCCCACACACGAGCCUCAAGUGUCACCUCUGUCCAAAUCGCCACACUGCCGCAAGUGGCCAAAGACUUCAUAGAGACAAAGACAGAAAGCCAAAACAUAUAUAGUACUUCAAAGGUCUCCAUAAAUGGCACAGAUUUUGCAAAUGGAAUGUUUGUGUCUGCAGACCAGACUGGAGGACUUCCAAAUUUCAGCAGAAUUGAACGUGUUCUGCUUGUGGAUAACUCUGUUUCCUUUCUUUGCAGGAACUACAAGUGCUGGUACAGUGAGCAUUUACGAUCAUUUGAGCUGACAUCAACAGGCAACACCUCUGUGCUUCAGCUGUCAGAGUUAAAUGACACUGAAAUGGCAGCUCAAAACUUCCUACUUCAUGUCCAUACCUCCACAGACAUUGUGAGGAAGAUGACUCUAUCGUCACGUCCAGAAUCUGUGGAUGAGUUAAAAACGAUGAUAGGAGAAAAGUUUAAUCUUGACUUCAACUUCAGCCUAUCAUACCAAGAUCCAGAUUUUGAUGGACAGUUAUGUUCCCUUUUAGACAUUGAGGAACUUCCACAGAAGGCUGUGCUGAAAGUGAUCAGGUCUGAGAGUGAUGCCAGUUCAGUAGCAUCAGAUGACACGAUAAUAUUGCCUCAUGCCAUGACUCCAGACAGGGUCAACAGAUGGCCUGAUGUUUUUCCAGUGCCCAUUUUUUCCUAUGAGGUAGAAUUCUUACUUAGUGAUGGAAAUGCUACAUAUGACAGAACAGGGAAAACUCUAAAGUUGUCCAGGGGACAAAAGCGUGACAUUCUUGAGACUCUUGCUGCCAAGAUGCAUAGCUUCAAAGCUUACCCCAAUGAUAAGGAGGUUUCAAUGGUAGCAGAAGCACUUGUCAUUAAGCAUCCUUGUCUGAAAGAGCCAGGAUCUCAGACGGGAUGGUAUGGUUGGAAAAAUAGUUUAAGUUUAAGAUGGGGAACUUCCGCACUAAGUUGAGUCAUGCAGGAUUUCAUGAGGUAGCUAUAAAUUCUGGGAAAAGGAGCCGGAACAACCCAAACAAACCAUCUCCUCACACCAACAUCAAAAGACCGAAGAGGGCAGAAGUGAAUUUCCUUCCCAAUUUCCCAAGAGGUGAAAAUGCUGCAAGCCUUGAACGACUGAGACUGCAAAUUGUAGAUGAAGUGAAGAAGAGUGACAAGAACCUUUCUCUGAUUGGAAAGUUAAUGCAGACUACCUUUGCCCUUCGGCGCAAUGAGAUCGUCAGUGAU